AUGGGAAGAAAAGUCUCCAGCAGCACUACAUCUAUGACAGCCUUAAUUACAUUCGCUCUGCCCGUACUGGACGAUUUGCUGGAAGAUGCGUUGGCCGCAACCCAUUUAGAAUCUCCAAAUGAAAGACCGAUUGAAGAAUACGACCUCCCACCCGAAAUGUAUGCUCCACAUGAAAGUUCUGAUUCUUGCAAUUCUGGCCAUCAACACUAUAGUUCAGAAGCGAAGGAGGACGAAAGUGACUAUGUUAUCAUGGAUAACGAAGAAAGAGAAGCAGAAAUUUUUAACAUGAAAGCAAAAGAAGAUCUGAAAAGUCUUGCUGAUGAUAAGCUGCUGCUGUUCGGAGCCAAUCCCAGCUUCACAGAGACGGGAGAACGAAUCGUUGAAGGAGACAUUGUGGUUCCUAAAUAUGCCGAUGACCACAAAGAGCUUUCCCACAGGAAAGGAACCAUAAACCUACUCGCUCUUUGGCCAAGAUCGACCGUAUAUUAUACUCUACAUUACUCAUUAAAUCCGUUGGGCCGGCGAAUGAUUAGAGAGGCAAUGGAACACUGGGAAAAUAUGACCUGCGUCAAAUUUGUCGAACGCACAACUCAACUGUGGUACGUUCGAUUCAGAGGAGAUAGAAAUGGCUGUUGGUCUUCGAUGGGAAGGAAUUUAUUGCCUCUAAUUGGACAAGAUCUCUCAAUCGGAAACAGAUGUGAAAAGAGAUAUGUGGUUGUCCACGAAGUAGGCCAUGCCCUAGGUCUGAAUCACGAGCAGUCCCGGCUGGACCGAGACCGUCACGUGAGAGUGCUCUGGAGGAACAUUGCUCUCGGAGGUCGAUCCCAGUUCUGGAGAGGGUUGGACAACCCCCACGGAGUCGAAUAUGAUUUGACUUCUAUUAUGCAUUAUCAUCCACAAGCAUUUAGUAGUCGAAUGUUUGAAAGAAACACAGUUGUUAGCCGUAACCCCCACCAUCAGCGUUUAGUUGGCAAGAGAAGAAAUGAUUUAAGUUUCCGGGAUGCCAAAGUUAUUAAUUCUAUGUAUAGAUGUGAUGCGAAAUGUACCAACAGAGGGAAUAUGCACUGCGAGAACGGAGGAUACUUGGGACCUUUCAAAGAAGGCGAUGAAGGACCUUGUUCCUGUGUUUGCCCUCCACAUACUUCAGGAGAGCGAUGCCAAGAUAUUGUCAGGAGCUAUUAUGAUGAGCCUCCUUGUGGUGGAAACAUAACAGACGAGACCAUAAUUGAAACGCCAGGUUUCCCAGAAAGAAACGAACCAGAAAUGAGCUGUAGCUGGAUUAUAACCGCUCCUUCCAGAAAAGAGGUGGAAGUCGAGUUUGAAGAAUUCAGUUUUCGAGAACGAAUGCAGCAACAAUCCAGUACCUACUAUGGUCGCUGUGUCAAUGAGAGAGUGGAGAUUCGGACGACGGACUAUUACAAUGGGCAUUUUUACUGUGGUACUGAUAUACAACCAGGAACCAAAAUGAAAUCCAAAGGUGGAACUUUCAUCAUCCUCAUUGCUGCUGACGAUGAAAUGGAAGGAAAAGGACUACGAGCGCGCAUCCGAUUUGUCUGA